AUGACGACAGAAUUAGAAGCGGGAGUCAAUGGACUCAACCUGGAAGAAGAGAAUAAACAAACACCUCAGCCAUCUCGUCCGCAAAAAGGCGCCAAACAACAACGAGGUGGACGCGGAAAUGAGUCUCCAACUACCCAGCUAAGCAAAGCACUCUCCUACAUACUUCGACAUGGAACUCUAAAAGAAGGUCUAAAGGUACGAACAGAUGGAUAUGUUCCCCUAGAUGAUGUUCUUGCACGACCAAAGGUGGCUAAAAUUAAGCUGGAAAGAGGAAAAACACCUUCAUUGGAAGAUGUUAGACAGAUCGUCGAUAGCAACGAUAAGAAACGAUUCGAGAUGAUACAGAAGGAUGACAUCUGGCUAAUAAGAGCACUCCAAGGUCACUCGAUCGCUAAUGUCACCGAGUUGGAUCAUGUUCCAAUCACGUUGGACAAUCUACACAUCCUAGCAGAAGAAAAGGAAGAUGUCACACUUGCAAAAGACACACUUCCGACCGGCGUCGAAAUCUUGCAUGGCACAAACAAAGAAGCAUGGGAAAAGAUACUGAGUAGCGGCGGCUUGAAUCGAAUGAAGAGAAAUCAUAUCCAUCUUGCCAAAGGAAGGCCGGGUUCUUCAAACGUAAUUAGCGGAAUGCGAUCUUCUUCUCAAGUAAUUCUACAUAUCGAUAUUGUCGCCGCUUUGAGGCAGGGAGAUAUUCCCUUUUCAAUGGCUUCGAAUGGAGCAGUUCUAACGAGUGGACAGGGCGAUACUGGAAUACUACCUCUCAAAUUCAUCACAAAAGCUGAAGAAGGCAAAAGCGGAAAACUGAUAUGGCAGAAUGCUAUUGAAUAA